AUGUUCUCUACUGCCCAAAGUCUCCCGCACGACGUCUUAUCCGAGCUUUUCGAGCAUGUCGCGGUCAUCGACCCCGCGGGUGCUUUACUGAAGGGCGAGCGACGGUCCUUGGGAUGGAUCACCACCACGCACGUGUGUGCGCGCUGGCGUGAGGUCGGCCUUGGGCUGGCAGCUCUGUGGGCUGACGCAGUAUGCGCGUUCCCAAGUGUGGCCAUCGCGGACGAAGUGCUUCUACGCGCCCGCGACUGCCUUCUGAAUGUCACGGUUGGCCCACCUGCCCUCGAUCUGGAUCCGCGCACCCCUUUCACUCGUGCACCCCAUCUGCCCACUAGUUGGGGUAUACAGCAUCUACAAAGAGCUCGCACGCUCCGCUGCCAUGUUGACCGGGGGUCGACUUACUCCGAUCAUAGUGAGGCAUACACGGCACUCAGAGAUACGACACUCCCUCUCCUACAACACCUGUAUCUCUCUGACACCACAAAGCCCAAGCGCGGCGACCCCCCACCAAUCGUGGAACUCACAUGCCCAUCCCUCCUGAGCGCUCACUUUUGCAACGUUCUACCACAUCCAUCCUUUGCCGUGUCCGCGAGUAGUCUGAGCCGCCUCUGCUUGGAGUUACCAUACGGCACGGUGUCCGUCUACGAUUUAUCGCCGUGCCUGUGCGCUCUACGCGACAUGUCUCGCUUGGAACAUCUCAAGCUCGUCCUCAGCGGGGGCAUCUUUCCACGCUUCAGCCUUGGCAUCGUGCGCUUCGAGAACCUCAAGACGUUGCACGUAUCGUGUAAGAAUGCGCAGCAUGCACCAGUCAUACUCGACUUCAUCUCAACGCCAUGCAUCGUCGACACCUCGAUCGAGAUCACCGAGCCACUGCACAACUGGGACGAGCCUAUCAUCUUCCCCAGAAUAUUCGUCCAUCAGCCACAGGCGCUGCACACUGGAUCGGUCUCUAUCUCCGAUACUUCUCUGAAGGUCGAAAGCGGCGACGGGCCAGACCAUGCAAUGUUUAGUCUCACCUGGAGGCCAUGGGCUGCGGUUAGGUAUAACACUAACCUAACCUAUUCAGAAAUCCUGUCCGCUAUCGCGCAUCAAAUAGAUUUGUCGGGCUUUACCAGUUGCUCUGUAUGGUUCCCGGAUCCGCGUACUGGCGGGAGAGGUGCCAAUGUCGGUGCCGCGCUGGCUGCUCUUCGGCAAGCUUUGAGCUCUGUCAAGACUCUGACGCUACAUAAUGCGUAG